UCUUCUCCUCUCAACGAGAUGGCGAAGCGGAGGUCCAAGAAACUGAGACGCCCGUUUGAAAGGCUCACCGACGACCUCAUCCUUGAGAUCCUCUCGCGCCUCCCCGUCAAGUCGCUCAACCGCUGCAAGUGCGUCUCCAAGACCUGGGAAAACCUAAUUUCCGACCACAACAACCGCAGCAAGCUCCCCCAGACCCUGGCCGGCUUUUUGUACAGCAGCAUCAAUCCCGAGCGCUCACCCUUGUUUGCUCUCCACUUUACCAAUGUCUCCGACUCCGAGAUUGGCUUCCCUUUGAUCCUCCCCACUUUCAACUUCCUGCCGAAGUACGAAACCAUCUCACUCUUGGACUGCUGCAACGGCCUUCUCCUCUGCCGCUGGCACGGCGACUCAGCAGAGUAUGGUUUCCAUUACGUCGUGUUCAAUCCCGCCACGAAGAAGUGGUGCGCAUUGCCACACUCCAGCCAGGCCGGCAAGAUGUGCACUGCGCGUUUGGGCUUUGACGCCGCCGUGUCGUCCCACUUCCAUGUGUUUGAGUUCGCCCUUGACGACGACCGUGACGGUGACUCCUUCGUUGAGGUGUACUCGUCUAAAACAGGACGAUGGGUUCACAGUGAGGAUGGAUGGUACGAUGAUAUUUCAUUCAUUCGUGAUGAGUCGGCGACUGUCUUUCUCAACGGGCGUCUUCAUUUUCUCACCAUUGACGAUAAUGAAGUAGUUGUGGUGGAUACUGAGGGGAAAGUAAUGGCGAACAUACCUGUCCCGGAUGUUUUGGAUUGUAGUUUCAUUCAGCAGUCACAGGGCUGCUUGCAUUUUGCCAGUUUUGAUAAAUUUGAAAAUCGACUAUCAGUUUAUGUUCUCGAGGACUAUGACAGCCAAGAAUGGAUCUUGAAGCAUAGUGUGCGAACAGCAAAAAUCUUUCGAGGAAGAUAUAUGGAAAUUCGAGAGAUCUUUCAGUGGGUAGCAAUUCAUCCUGAUUCAAACUUGUUCUUCUUCACUGUGGGUCGGGAAGAGGAAACAACAUUGAUGUCCUAUGAUAUGAACCGUCAGCACGCAAAACUCAUCCGAUCUCUUGGACUAGGCUCAGGUUAUGGACAAAAAUUUCAGCCUCCGUAUCUGCCUUAUGUGCCAUCGUACUUGGAGUUACCAGCUUUGCACAUUUGACAUCCAGAUUGUUGACUUUAUAACAAGUGGAUCCUUCAGUAGGAGUCAACUCUUCUUCCUAUAGACCAGCAGACUUUUCAUGUCUGUAUGAAAUUGUUUCUGUUUUCUUCCGGUCGAGUGCUUAUUUUGCUUUUCCAGUAAUGUUGGCUCAUUGUGAGCAAAGUUGGUUCAUUUCUGAGAGUACUUGCUCAAAAUUUCGACAAAUUUCUGUUCUCUUUGAUUAUUUAAGUAACAAUGAUUCUGGACAAUGUAUGCUCCGUGUGUUGGGUUGAAGUUCCAUAAUAGUUAA